GGAAGUGAGACGUUUGGAAGGGUUCUCUGGCUGCUGAGCAUGCUCAGUUCAGUCCACAGCGUAAUGGCCCUGCGUGUGUGUGGCUUUAAAUGUUUACCUGAACUUUAGUCCCUCAGGAUCCUCAGCGCAGUGCAGAAUGAGUUCAGCAGGAGCAGGAUCGGCCCUCCAGGUCCAUGCGAUCAGGGUCCGCCCAGGUCAGGAGCUGCUGGGAACUCUGCAGGCUUUUGUGGAGGAGAAGCGUCUCCGAGCGCCGUUCAUAGUCACGUGUGUUGGCAGCCUCACCAAGGCGACGCUGCGGCUGGCGAACGACACGGCAACAAAAACAAAUGAGGUGGUGCACCUCAGUGGGCCCUUUGAGAUCGUCUCCCUGGUGGGCACUCUUAACCCAGACGCCCACAUCCACAUCAGCCUCUCAGACUUCGAGGGCAAGACAGUGGGAGGUCACGUGCUGGGAGAUCUGGAGGUGUUCACCACAGCUGAGGUGGUCAUUGGUGAAGCGGUAGACCUGGAGUUCACCAGAGAGAUGGAUGAGCAAACGGGUUUCCCCGAGCUCGUGGUUCAACCACGACCACAGACCAACCAGUCAGCCUGAAUGGAAAAUUACAGGAAUCGUUCAUCUUUACAUUUAAUAUCUAGUCUGUGAAUCUGAGAGAUUAAUUAAAAACGUAUCAGCAAUAUUUGAGCCGCAGCAUUUACACCUGCAGGGCAGCUAACAGAACAUCGAUCAGCUCCACACAACAAUCGUCCCUCAAGAAUCUGUCUGUACCCAACACAUGACACAUCGGACUUACAUCAUGUGCUUUCAUGUAAAUCCCAAAAGUUGAUUCUAUUCAUCUGGAUGUCCAGAUAAUUUACUUACCUGGAUGAUUGAGCAUACAUCAAGGCAGGUCUUACGUAGGCUUUUUAUUGUCCACAAAGCAAAACUGUGGGACUGGUGAAGCUUCAUCAUGAGCUAUCCUUGAAGCUAACUCUGAGAUUAACACUGUGCUGAGAAACUCAGUCAAUGCUUCAUGUUGAACUAGAAGAAUGUGACAUUAACUAAACUUUCUUCCAAAUCUAGCAGAAAUAGUCUCAAUAAAUACUGACUGUUAAAUUACUGCAAAGAUGCAAUGAGAUGACUUUGUUGAAAGAGCACCAUUAAAGGCUUAAAUCCUGAA